AUGCGCAAAACGAAGAGCCUUAGUCUUUGUUUUAGGCAAUCCAUUUUCUUCUUUUUUCAUUAUUUUUCACAGUUUUUGAAAUACUAUCAAUCAACUGGUGAGUCGCUUCUCAUUGUCGCUGCACGUUCAAAUAACGUGCAAGCCGUUCGAGUUCUUGCAGUUGAUGCCGAAGUCAUAGACGAAACAGACAACGAAGGGUGGAGUGCAUUGCUAAAUGCUGCCCAUAAAGGUCAUGCCGAAGUAGCAAAAAUUCUGCUAGAGAAUGGAGCUGCCGUUGAUUUACCUGAUCUGAUGGGAUGGAGCCCGUUAAUGUGGGCUGUUUACAAAUGUCAUGCGGAAGUAGUCGAUAUUCUUCUAAGCUAUGGAGUGCAUGUUAAUCUCAUUGAUGAGGAAGAUGGCCUGACUCCCCUUAUUGUAGCAGCUGGACGAGGGUUUACCGAUAUUGUUGAAAAGCUUUUGGCGGCUGAUGCACAGGUCAACGCUUGUGACAAGUUUGGCAGUACUGCUCUUAUUUGGGCGGCGAGGAAAGGACAUCUUCCUAUUGUGCAGAUGCUUCUCAACGCAGGUGCUGAAGUAGAUGCUGGGUCAUCAACAGCGCUUAUGUUAGCAGCGAAAGGUAACUAUCUUAGUGUUGUGGAUCUUCUUUUGACGAGAGAUCCAAACGUGAAUGUAGCGGAUCAGAAUGGCCUAUCAGCGUUAGGAAUAGCAGCGCGGGAAGGCUAUGUUGAUAUUUGUGAAUCGCUUAUAAACUCGGGUGCUUUCGUCAACCAGUGUGAUAAAUACGGCAGUUGGAUUUUGAUCAGUGCAGUACGUAGUGGGAACGCAACUAUUGUUCGCUUGCUCCUUGAGAAAUUCGCAGAUGUCAACGCCAGAGAUUCGGAGAACAGGACUGCUCUUCACCUUGCAAUUGAUAAAUCAUUUAUGGAUAUUGUAUAUAUUAUACUGGAAAGAAAACCGAACCUAGAGUUGAAGAACAAGGAUGGCGAAACGCCUUUACUUCGUGCUGUAAAAUGCCGUCAUGUGGCACUGUGUGAUCUCCUAGUAAAAGCUGGGGCAAAAAUUUCUGCGGCAGACAAUAACGGAGACAAUGCCCUUCACCUCGCUUUAAGGGCAAGGAGUCGUCGCCUCACGCAGAUAUUAUUAGCAAACCCUUCCGAUUCUCGUCUGCUUUAUCGACCUAAUCGCCUCGGUCAAACGCCGUACUCUAUCGAUCAGGGAAACCCUCAACCUAUUCUUCCUCUGAUUUUUGGACCUAUUGAUGCGGACCAGCAAAUGGAUACUAUGUUGGGAUAUGACGUGUACAGCAAUGUACUUGCAGACAUAGUAUGCGAACCGUCGUUAUCGCUUCCAUUAACUAUUGGUCUGUACGCUAAAUGGGGAUCAGGGAAAUCGAUUUUGCUAGCGAAACUCAAGGAUUCCAUGAACAGUUUCUCUCGCAAUUGGCUUGAAGGAAUAACAUUCUUGAACAACUUUUUCUACUUUCCCAUUCAGAAUCUCGGGUAUUGUAUUCUUCUAUAUUAUGCUAUUCUGUGUUGUUCUUACCAUGACACUUACGACGAUAUUCGCUAUACUUGCAAGUCUACCAGCGUUGAUUGCAGCUUUAUUUAUUACGGAAGCGAGAUUCGCGGUUGGUCUGCUCCUUGUCGAGUUGCGAAUUCUCUUUCGCAUUUCAUCUACCGCAUCCGUUUGCUAUGGAACGUCGCUACCCUCUACGCCCCUAUGCACUCUGAAAGCGAUAUUGCAAGUAAUCCAGUGAGCUUUCUGUUUGCUGAUUAUCAUCGUCUGUCAUCAAUAGGUGGCGAGCAAGCGCUGGCUAAAAUCGUUGCGACGUUGUUCGAAUCCGCUGAAGCACAUUUUGGCGUGUUGCCGGUUCGCCUUUUCUGUUCUAUGAGAACAGCAUAUCCGGGACAACACGGAUCUCUGCGUAAGCACUGUGGUGUGCCGAUUGUGCUGUUGGUCGGUAUAGCUGUGUUUAUGUUGUUAUGUUCGGAAGUGUUGAUGACAACGUGGCUGUUCAGCAACAGAGAUGCCAGUACCGGAGCUCUGUUCGUUGCAUCUGUCGCAUUUGCUGCUGUGCUACUUAUGUUAACAAUCUACCCUGUCAUUAUGUUAAUACGGUUUGGAUACACAAAUGUUCCUCGGAAGCGAGUAAACGCAGCUGCAAGAUCGGUUCACAAGCUUCGCUUCGAGGGGUUUAUGCAAAAGCUGCAAACCGAAGUAGACAUUCUUGCUGAUAUGAUUCGGUCUUUGGACGCAUUCACGCGAAGUCAGACUCGACUGGUUGUCGUUGUGGAUGGUCUGGACAAUUGUGAACAGGAGCGUAUGGUCCAAACUUUGGAUGCGCUGGAGCUACUAUUUUCUGCUCGAAAACACCGUCCAUUUAUCACGAUUAUUGCUGUUGACCCACAUAUAAUUGUCUCAGCUAUAAAUCAUAACAUGCAUUCUGCUCUUAGUGGGACAGAGCUAACAGGUCACGACUAUUUGAAAAAUAUUGUGAAUAUGCCACUUUACCUUCACAAUUCAGCACUGCGUCAGCUGCAAAACAAACUGAAGGAUAAGCACGAGUCGCUUGCUGAUUGGAGAGAACGUUAUCGUCGUCAAGAUACUUUUCAUGGGUCUCAUCUUUCAUUGGUUGAUGGACGUCAGAGCCGGAAAGCCACGAUAGUCAUGGGUACCCGGAAUAUUGGGGAAUCGCUCCUGAAUGAUGAUUAUUUCUCCAAUAUGAAUCCUCGUGCUAUGAGACGGAUUGUUAAUGCACUAACUCUCACAGGUCGACUCAUGAGGGCAUUCGAGAUUGAUUUCUCUUGGCUUGCUCUUGGUCACUGGGUUUCGCUACUGGAACAGUGGCCUAGUCGGAUGUGUUGGCUAAUUGAGAGAGCUGUCGAUAUCAGCAACAAUGGCUUAACACUUGUGGAGGUGUACCACCAGCUGAAAGACCACAUUCCAAAAAAGGACUCAUUGAUCGAAUUGGACCGGAAUCCAGAUAAUUUUGAAACUUUUCUGGACUCUCCGGCUAUUCCUAGUUCUGAACAGCUCACUGUAGGACACGUCAAAAAAUUUGUCCCAUGUACUAGCAAUCUCGAUCCAUAUUUACGGAAGUUGAUUAGAGAGCGUCGUCAAGGGCUGGAGGACCCUGUACGAGGGUUCGGACUUGGCACAGCUGUCAUUCCACCGAAUGCGAAAUAUUUGUUUGGAGAUGAGAAAAUAUGGAACACUGUGAAUUCUCCGCUUGUUGAGAUGAAGCUCGAUGCCAUCUGUGGUCUUAUCAGGCACCUUGACAUUGCACCUAGUCGUUUGGAAAAUCUUGUUAGAAAAUUUCAGCAGUUGAAUCUCUGCGGACUAGUCUUAGCGUCUUGUUCGCUGCAAGAUUUGAAGGACGCGCUUAUUCCACUAGGAGAUUGGACAAUGGUGAAGAUUCUUGUUGAAACGUUGAAAGCGUUUGGUCCAAAUGUUCCUGGAUUAAGCAUUGAUAAGCGAAGGGCACUCACUUUGCCCGAAGAAGAUGAAGAAGAAUCUGAAGUUCCUGUUACGGGUGGUCGACGUGACACUAUUGUGCAAUCACCUGUCAAAGCUAGAAGCUCAGAUCGACGGAGGUCCCCUUUUUGUCUUGGUUUUACCAGUUCUUGUUUAUUCAGAUUUGUAAAUAUUCUUUCUAGAUCAACAGCACUAUCAAAUGAGAUAAACAGUGAUCAUAAAUGGCUGAUGGAAAGCCUUUCUGGAAUGGAUCUUAGUUAG